CUUAAUUUCAGUAGGGGACACAUAGGACCUCUUGGGAAACUGAAACGUCGAGGAGACACAUUCCAACACACUUUACAGUCUCAGUGCUGCGCCAUGGCCUGGUAGCUCCCUGCAGCAGACCAUGGGCAUCAGGACGCAGCUGUUGCUUCUGCUCUGGAAGAACAUCACAUAUCGCAGGAGGAGUAAGAUCCAACUGGUUAUCGAGCUGCUCUGGCCUCUGUUCCUGUUCGUCAUUCUCAUCUCUGUACGCCACUCCCACCCUCCAUACAAGCAGAGUCAAUGUCACUUCCCCAACAAGGCCCUUCCCUCAGCAGGAGCCCUGCCCUGGAUUCAGGGGAUCAUAUGCAAUGUCAACAACCCCUGCUUUCACCAGCCCACCCCGGGGGAGAACCCAGGGCAGGUGGACAACUUUGACAACUCCAUCCUCUCUCGACUCUUUGUAGACGCCAGGACCGUCCUCUCGUACAGCAGCAACCAGACAAUUUAUUCAGGAUUUCAAGACCUCCUCACGGCUGCGCGGAACUUUGGAGAGAGGCCAAAUGUCUGGCCAAAUAUGCCAGUUGGAGAGUAUCUUCGAGCCAAUGAGACCUUCUCCAGCUUCCUCCUGGUCAAUGGCAGAUUGCCUCCCUCUGCUCUGGAUCAGCUGAUGAGGGCUAGACUCAACUUCCAGGUGGUGUCUUUGGCUGGGGCUGGGCUGCGUCUGAAGGAGAUUGUAUGCAAUGCCACCAUGUUGGGUCAGUACCUGACAGUGGACAGUGAGGACUCGCUGCCGGAGCUGCAGGGUCAUUUGUGUGCCAUCCCUGCAGACACACUACAGGCAGCGGAGCAGCUGUUCCUCUCACAGUUGGACUACAGCAAGAUCUUCACAAGGCAGAGACUGCUGUCCAAUGCCGCUGAGCUGCGAGUCCUCAGCAAGGCAGCCAGCUCCGUUUCACAGGAAGUGGCCCUACUCAUGGAUGAGCUGUCCUCGCUGUCCAGCUUCUCCGAGUUGAACACACAGCUGCAGCUGCUCUCCCCAGAAAACAGAACAGCCCUGCCUCGCGAAAGCUUCAGAGCCUUCUCCCGAAUCGUGUGUGGACACCCAGAGGGUGGUGGCGAGCGGAUCCCCUCUCUCAACUGGUAUGAGGACAAUGACAUUAAGUCUUUCCUUGGCAAGAACGGCACAGAGGAAACGAACAUGGAGCGUGAUAACACCACAACUCCAUACUGCAAAAGCCUCAUUCAGAGCCUGGAGUCUAAUCCACUGUCUCGUAUUGUAUGGCGUGGGAUCAAACCGCUGUUUGUUGGGAAACUGCUGUAUACACCAGACACUCCAGUGACACGCAGCAUCAUGAGAGAGGUGAACAGGACAUUCCAUGACUUGAAUAUACUACAAGACCUUCAAGGGGCAUGGGAGGAAGUAGGACCCCAAAUCAAGUCAUUCAUGGAGAGCAGCAUUGAAAUUCGACUGCUGCAGGAUCUACUGAGGCGGCCUGAAGUGGCCGUGCUUGUAAACCUCCGUUUGGAAAACACAUCCUGGACAGCCUCCCGGAUCGCCAACUUCCUGUCCACUCCCUCGCCAGACGCUCCCCGUAAAGAUGGGGCACCGUACACGUGGCAGGACGUGUACCGGGAAGUGAACAACACCAUAAACACCCUCUCUCAAGUCACCCAGUGCUUCUCUCUGAACAAGCUGGAGGGGGCUGCCUCUGAGGGAGAGCUGGUUGAAAGGGCGCUGGAGCUGCUGGAGGAUCGUCAGUUCUGGGCUGGUAUAGUGUUCCUCCUACCAGAUCCCUCUUCAGCCAAACUGCCCCCUCACGUCUCUUACAAGAUCCGCAUGGACAUCGACGACGUCACCCGCACCAAUAAGAUCAAGGACAGAUUCUGGGAUCCAGGUCCAGCAGCAGACCCCUUCAACGACAUGCGCUAUGUGUGGGGAGGUUUUGUGUACGUGCAGGACCUGGUGGAGCAUGCCCUCUCCCGCGUGCUCACCGGCAAGGAGCAGCACAUCGGGACCUACCUGCAGCAGAUGCCUUACCCCUGCUACGUGGAUGAUGUCUUCCUGCGCGUGCUGAACCGCUCACUGCCCCUCUUCAUGACGCUGGCCUGGAUCUACUCCGUGGCCAUGAUCAUUAAGGGCGUGGUCUACGAGAAGGAGGCGCGGCUGAAGGAGACCAUGCGCAUCAUGGGGCUGGGCACCGGCAUGCUGUGGGUCAGCUGGUUCAUCAGCAGCUUUGUCCCCUUCCUGAUCAGCGCCGGCCUCCUCAUCGCCUUACUCAAGUGGGGAGACAUCCUUCCCUACAGCGAUCCUUCUGUGGUCUUCUUCUUCCUGGCUGCCUUCGCCACGGCCACCAUCAUGCAGUGCUUCCUCAUCAGCACCUUCUUUUCACGCGCCAACCUGGCAGCAGCCUGCGGAGGCCUCAUCUACUUCUCCCUCUACCUGCCCUAUGUGCUCUGUGUGGCCUGGAGGGAUCACCUCACUUUCGGCCUGCGGAUCUUUGCAAGCCUGCUAUCUCCAGUGGCUUUUGGUUUCGGUUGCGAAUAUUUCUCCCUGUACGAGGAGCAAGGGGUGGGCAUCCAGUGGUUUAACCUGGUUUCCAGCCCUAUGGAGGGAGACUCCUACAAUUUCAGGACCUCUAUCAUCCUCUUGUAUGUGGAUGCUCUGAUCUACGGAGUGGCCACAUGGUACAUAGAGGCGGUUUUCCCAGGAGAGUUUGGGAUUCCCAGACCCUGGUAUUUCAUCUUCCAGUUGAAUUACUGGGGUGGGGUUCCACUAGAGGUGGGCUUACCAAUCCCUCCGGCUCCUGCCGAGGACUCAGAGGUGUGUGUUGAGGAGGAGCCCUCUCACCUUCCCCUGGGGGUAGCCAUCCGGAGCCUGGUCAAAAUUUACAAGCAAGGUGCCAAGCUGGCUGUUAAUCACCUCAGCCUCAAGUUCUUUGAAGGCCAAAUAACCUCCUUCCUGGGGCACAACGGUGCUGGCAAGACUACCACAAUGUCGAUACUGACAGGUCUGUUUCCCCCCACUUCUGGUACAAUAUACGUCAAGGGUAUGGACAUCCGCACUGACAUGGACGACAUACGCAGGAGCCUGGGUGUAUGUCCACAGCAUAAUGUGCUCUUUGACAUACUCACAGUGGAGGAGCAUGUGUGGUUCUAUGGCCGUCUGAAAGGCCUGUCCAACUCUGAGGUGAAGGAGGAGAUGGACCAGCUGCUGGAAGAUGUGGGGCUGCUACACAAACGCCACGAGCAGACCAGGAACCUCUCUGGGGGGAUGCAAAGGAAGCUGUCUGUGGCGAUUGCCUUUGUGGGCGGGUCCAAGGUGGUGGUUCUGGACGAGCCCACAGCUGGAGUGGACCCGUACUCCCGCCGUGGCAUCUGGGACCUGCUGCUCAAAUACCGCAAAGAUCGUACCAUCAUCCUGUCUACCCACUAUAUGGAUGAGGCGGAUCUCCUAGGUGAUCGGAUCGCCAUCAUCUCCCAGGGAAAGCUGUGUUGCUGUGGCUCUCCGCUGUUCCUGAAGGCCCGUUUGGGAACUGGUUACUACCUCACCGCAGUGAAGAGGGAUGCAGAGGGUGGACCCUCCCACAGUGCCAGCGCUGGCAAGGUUUCCCUCCCUGCCAACACAAAGGAUAGCGACUCCUCCAAGAGUGACGACACGGGGCUGGGCAGUGAGUGCAGUGGUUCGGACGUGGCUGCUCUGCUAGCGUUGGCGCGGCGCCACAUAUCAGAGGCGCGGCUGGUGGAGGAUGUGGGCAGGGAGGCAGUGAUCAACUUCCCGCACUCUGCUGCCGAGGACGGCAGUCUGGCCUGCUUCCUGGCUGAGCUGGACAAGAGGCUGGGUGAGCUGGGCAUCACCAGCUAUGGCCUCUCUGACACCACGCUGGAGGAGAUCUUUCUGAAAGUGGCUGAGGAGACAGGAGUGGAUGCUGACCCUGAUGAGGCACAGAAUAAAUCCUCUGGGCCACCUGGUCAGCAGGGAGACCCAGCUGAGGAGCCAGAGACAGAGCCCCAGGAGACGGAUCUUCUGAGUGGGGACGGGAGAGGUGGUGUGCCCCUUACUGGGUGGGGCCUUCCCCUGCAGCAGCUGCGGGCCCUCUUCAUUAAGCGGUGGUUAUAUGCACGCCGCAGUCGAAGGGGCUUCUUUGCUCAGAUCGUCCUGCCGGCUGUUUUUGUUUUGAUCGCCCUCCUCUUCAGUUUGAUUGUGCCUCCCUUUGGGAAGUAUCCUGCUCUUGAGCUUCAGCCUUGGAUGUAUGGAGAGCAGUACACGUUUUUCAGCAAUGACGCCCCUGAGAACGCAGCAAUGAAAAAUUUACUGGAUGCUCUGUUGGAACCACCUGGUUUUGGGACCAAGUGCAUGGAAACUAGCGAGAAGCCGCCAUGCGUGCAGGAGGAGGAGGCUGUGUUCCAGAGGCCUCAUGUGUCUUUCACCACAUGGCAGCUCCUUAGCAAAGGCAACUGGAGUACAGAGCAGCCCUCACCCGAGUGCCAGUGCAGCUCCGAGGAUGUCCGCAGAAUGCUACCCGACUGCCCAGAGGGAGCAGGGGGCAUUCCCCCUCCUCAGAUCAAGAGGCUGACUGGAGACAUUCUACAAAACUUGACUGGUCGCAAUCUCUCAGACUACCUGGUCAAGACAUACCCCCAGAUUGUGCGCAAGAGCCUGCGGACCAAGAAGUGGGUUAAUGAGUUCCGAUACGGUGGCUUCUCUGUAGGUGGCAGCAGCUCUCAGCCUGUACCUGAAAUCCAUCGCCUGGAGGAAACUGUCCUGUCAAUAAGGACCAGAUACAGAGUGCAACAGAACAGCUCACUGGACUCGCUUCUGCAUAGGUUACCUGGGUUUCUUGGUGGACUGAACAGGCAAAACAAUGUUAAGGUUUGGUUCAACAACAAGGGCUGGCAUGCUGUGACAUCAUUCAUCAAUGUCAUGAACAAUGGGCUCCUCCGUGCUAGCCUACCUCCAGGACCAGAGCGAAGGAAACAUGGCAUAACUGCCUACAACCACCCACUCAACCUCACAAAGGAGCAGCUUAGUGAGAUGGCAAUGAUGACUACCUCUGUGGAUGUUUUGGUGUCUAUCUGUGUGAUAUUCGCCAUGUCCUUCGUCCCAGCCAGCUUUGUUCUCUUCCUCAUUGAGGAGAGGGUCAGCAAGGCCAAGCACCUGCAGUUUGUGAGUGGCGUCAAGCCGCUCCUCUAUUGGCUGGCUAACUUCACUUGGGACAUGCUGAACUACACAGUGCCCGCUACCAUGGUGGUCUUCAUCUUCAUUGGCUUCCAGCAGCAGGCAUAUGUGUCUGAAACUAACUUGCCUGCUCUGGUUCUUUUGCUGAUGCUUUAUGGCUGGUCCAUCACGCCGCUCAUGUACCCAGCCUCCUUCCUGUUCAGUGUCCCCAGCACUGCGUAUGUAGUCCUCACAUCUGUGAAUCUCUUCAUCGGUAUCAAUGGCAGCAUAGCCACUUUCGUCCUGGAGCUCUUCACAGAUCAGCACCUGAAUGAUGUCAAUAAAAUCCUGAAGAAAGUCUUUUUGAUCUUUCCACAUUUCUGUCUGGGUCGUGGGCUCAUUGAUAUGGCUAAGAAUCAGGCCAUGGCAGAUGCUUUCCAGCGCCUGGGCACCAAGCAGACCUUGGACCCACUCUCCUGGGAUUUUGUAGGGAAGAACCUGUUUGCCAUGGCUGUGGAGGGCGUGGUCUUCUUCCUCUUCACCUUGCUGCUGCAGUAUAACUUUUUCAUUAGUUUAAGGUCGUGGUCUGAGCCUGUACUGCCCCCAUUGGGCCCAGAGGACCAGGAUGUAUCAAAGGAAAGAGACAGGGUGAAUAGUGGCAGAGCACAUGGUGAUAUACUGACAGUGAAGGAAUUGAGUAAGGUGUACAAGGCAGGCAGGAAACCUGCAGUGGACCGUCUCUGCCUGGGAAUUCCUCGUGGGGAGUGUUUUGGGCUGCUUGGGGUCAAUGGUGCUGGAAAGACCUCCACUUUCCGCAUGCUCACAGGAGACACCUCCAUCACCUAUGGAGAGGCUUUCCUCGGUGGCCACAGUGUGUUGACUGAAAUGGAGAGAGUCCACCAGCUCAUGGGCUACUGCCCGCAGUUCGAUGCCAUCAGUGAUCUCCUGACAGGCAGGGAGCACUUGGAGUUCUACGCCCGAUUGAGAGGGGUCCAGGAGGAGGCCGUGGCAAAGGUAGCACAGUGGGGAGUGAAAAAGCUUGGGCUGACCCAAUACGCUGAGCGUGAAGCCGGUGGUUACAGCGGUGGCAACAAGCGCAAACUUUCUACUGCCAUUUCUCUCAUCGGGGCCCCACCUGUCAUAUUCCUGGAUGAGCCCACCACAGGGAUGGACCCCAAAGCCAAACGUUUCCUUUGGAAUUGUAUCCUCAGUGUCAUCAAGGAAGGACGAGCUGUUAUUCUUACAUCUCACAGCAUGGAAGAAUGUGAAGCUCUGUGUACCCGAAUGGCCAUCAUGGUGAAUGGGAGGUUCCAAUGCUUGGGUUCUGUGCAGCACCUUAAGAACAGAUUUGGAGAUGGCUACACUAUCAUCUUGCGACUGUCAGAACCAUCUGAGGAGCCCUGCCCUGUGGACUCCUAUAUCAAGACCUCCUUCCCCGGCAUUGAGCUGAAGGAGCGCCACCACAAUGUGCUGCAGUACCAGCUCCCAUCCCACACCUGCUCUCUGGCCCGUGUCUUUGACAUCCUGUGCAACAGCAGUGAAGAGUUAGGCAUCGCAGACUACUCCGUAUCACAGACCACACUGGAUCAGGUGUUUGUAAACUUUGCCAAGGACCAGAGUGAUGACGAUCAGCUCAGGGAGGUGAGUGUAAAUGGAGCAAUGGAGUCAGCUCAACCGAGUAGACCGCCUGAGGUCAGACCCAAAGAAGGUGAACCAAACUGGAUGAUGCAGGGCUGCAUUGGUAUGUCAAAGCAGCAGCAUCAGAAGCUCAGAAAGUCUGUUGCCAGUGGAGUGCAGUGCACGGGAGAGACCUCUGGAAGCAAAGAUCCUCUGACCUUGUUCUUAGUGGACAACAGCACACAGGAGAGCAAGGUGUGAUCUGGAUAGGACACAGACCUGACUGAGGUGUGGCACGCUGGAACAGAAUGGCAUGAAAGACUGCAGGGUACUCUCGCUGUCUCUUGGUGAGAAAAACCUGCUACCAGCUGGCUCUGCUGAUGAUGACUGAGUUUGGUGCCUUGAUCAUUCUCCAGCACAGCUGGACUCUUCCUGAUCCUGCAAAACCUACACACCUAUCAUUUACUAUCCAGGCACUUUUUCCAGGUGUGUUGCAAGCUAUUUUUAUAUGCUUUAUGAAUUUUCAAGUUUAGUUAUUUCAGUGCAGCUCUCCAGUAUGAUCCCCAUGAAUUAUAGAUGAAUGUCAGACAUUACACAAAUGAAUACAGGAUACCUAUAUUUCUCUGGGUACACUGUUCCUGGCUGCUUGGUAUGCCUGGUCAGCAUUUGUGUGAUGCAUAUAGCACUUUGAAUGGGAAAUACUGGUAAUGGUCAAAUGGUAUAUUCCUGUAAAACAGUCAUCCCUAAAGAAAUAAUUUAGGUACAAAACUGGACCAGUUGUUUAUUUGGAUACUUGGGUUUAUCUGUUGCACAGAGAAUAUGGAUCUGUUGCUGUGUCAUUUAAUGUCUGCACAGAUCCACUGUGUUAUUUAUUGACAUUCAUGGCAUUGUUUUUGUUCCGUUCAAAAACUAGUUACAGCACUGUUACACAGCUAGUUAAAAAACACAGGAAAGGCAUAUAGUCCUGAGGUACAAGACUCCAAACAAUGCCUUCAUUAGGUCAACUGUUACUUAUAUUUGUUAUAACUGUUAUAUAUUUAUUAUUGUGUGUAAUAAUUUGUGUUCUAUUUAAGCAAUCUGUUGCAUAUUCUUAUUACUUGAGAAGACACCUGUGAAUCAAAAGCAGAUGC